CUUUGAAAGGUGUUUUUAUCAGAUGAAAUAAAGAUAAUAGUUAAACUUUAAGUUACAAAAUAUUUUCCCUAAAGGCUAACGCUAAUAAUGAUGUUAUAGUCUCGCGGAGCAGCUUGCGUUGUUGGGUUUUUAUGAUAGCUGUUUUUGUUUUUGUUUUUGUUGUUGUUGUUAUUGUUUAUUUCGCUGGUUCUUAUUGUUAUUGUUGUUGCUGUAAUAAAAUUGAUGUCUACUGUAUUAUCCCUGCAAUCUUCGCGCCGUAUUAAAUCAAUAUGAUGAAAAUAAGUUAUUAUUGAAGAUUAGCAGUAAGACAAGCCUAGUUUGUCAUUUGUUGAAAACUGAAGUAGUUUAGCUUUAUCCAGACUAACCUUGUUCAUUUCCAAAGACUGCAAGGCGUUUAGGGUUUGUUGUAUUGAGCUAUCAUAGUUUGUAUAAGAAACGCAUCGCUUCAUUUAACCUUUGAACUCCUGUCAAGUUUUUAGUCAUUUUAGAAAUAAUAGUCAUUCAACAACGAUUUAUUUAUUCAUGUGGAGAUUGAGUUGAAACAUUGUUAAUGCAAUUUUUAGGGUAAUGGACUGCCAGUACCAAUAAAGUAAUCUUAAUGUUUAGACAGAAUAUCAGAGAACAAACCAAUCAAAACGUGUGAAUGACUCAUGGCAAACAUAGAGAUGCAGUAAAUAAUGCAAUAAUAUAUGUUUUUCUCGACUGAUAUCCUAUCAGUUCAAAAAUUUGCAGUGAAGUGAUGUACAUGUACAAUAUUACAGGUAGUAAUGCAGUUCUUAAUUCGAGUUUUCUUGCUAACUCUUAACCUACGUACUCUUCUUGGUUUUGGUAUUGACCACCAUGAGUACAACAAUGUGGAAUGUACCAAUCGAUUCGAAUAUCGACAUUUGUUCAAGCGACGAUUUAAGAAUUGCCAGGAUACCAUUAAACAUUAAUUUAUAAUGCGUUAUGUGGGAUGAAUCUUACCAUUGCUUACAGUUUGCACCCUCCUUACGUCUUUCAUGAUCAUAAUGGAGAAGUGAGAGGCAUUUUACCAGAUAUGAUGAGAUAUGCACUUGAAUCUUGCUGCUUUGAUUGCAACAGCAUUAAUUUUAUUGGUCCAUUCAAUCACAUGGAAAAAUUCUAUAAGGAUGCUUCCAUAGUUAUACCAAUCCAGAUAUCGAUUGCGAAUAAAAAAUACUACAGUCACAACUACGUACAUAUGGUUGCUGUCAAGGCUGUUGCAUUUCUUGGUCCUCCUGUAAUUCACAGCUCAGAGAAAAUAGCAAAGGUUAUUUUUCAGUCCAUUUUUAAUACUUGGCCACUGUUUAUAACGGCGCUUAUGAUGACUAUUACAGCUGGUGUUAUCAUGUGGCUACUGGAUGGUGGGGCGAAUUCAAGAGAAUUCCCGGAUUCUUUUCCAAGAGGUCCAUGUGAGGGAUUUUGGUGGGCCUUUAUUUCAAUGACUACUGUUGGAUACGGAGACAAGUCUCCAAAAACAACAAUGGCUCGAGCAUUCGCUGUCAUUUGGAUCACUGCAGGCAUCAUUAUAUUUUGCUUGUAUACAGCGUUCCUCACUUCGAACCUAACAUCAGCAAUCAUAUCUUCACAGCAAAUAUCACUAUAUCAAAAAACUAUAGCUGUACUUAAUACAACGACUGUUGGUAUCAUAGCAACGGUUAACGAAAAUGCAAACUUUAAAGAGUACAGCUCUGUUUGGCAUAUAGAGGAAGCUUUAAAUAAUGGUGAAGUUGAUGCUAUUGCGUUGGAUGAAAACAUCGCCAACUUUUAUAUGGAACAUAUUUUAACAAAACAAGUACCAGACAUAACAUUGUAUCAUCGUAGCAAUAUGUACGGCAGCUCGUAUGGUAUGUUGACUCUUAAUAGCACAUGGUCUCCAUUCUUCUCAUCUUUCUUUGAAAGUAAUGAUGAUCAAAGGGAUAGAAUGGCAACAUUGGCUCUGAAAGAUCACAGGCACGGAGUUCAACUAAAAACAGCUGACAAGAUAAUAGAAUUCUUCACUUCAACUCAAAGCUUUACAAUCUCGUUAAUCAUUUUGGUAGCGUUGACUAUUGCAGUCAGUAUCGCUGGAUUGCUUAUGAAAUGGAUCCAGAGAAAAAUAUCCUUCUCAGUUAAAAAUGACAAGAUUGAUCUUGAGUCAACUAGAAUCAACGUGAAAAAUGAAGAUGAACUUCUAAACCUCGCCGAAGAAAUUAUCAAAAAACUGACUGAAACAAUUAGAAAGAAGAAGUCUGUUAUUUAAUCACGUGUAAUUAUGUAAUAAUGUGUACAUGUUUUAUAAAACUUUUUUUGCCAGAAGAGAAUUUUAUACCUGUUUGUGUCACCAUCCUCGUGGCAAAAACUGUCACUCGGCAUUUAUUAAUUUGCAAAGAAAAAUUGAUAGCGAAGGUGUGAGUUCUUAGUAUGGCAAGUCAUGUUGCAAACAUUUGGUGGAGCAUUUACAUCGAUGCACACAAAUGUCUUCAGAGACUAAAUUUUUCACAACUUUGAUUUUACAAAAAAUAAUGGCCACAACUUGUUAAUAUCAUGACAUGGCAAAUAUGGUUGCAGCACCUUUUUUUAACAAA